GCCCCAUGGAGUCUGCGGAACAACUGAGCCCUUGUGGGGCCUGCAACCUCCUAGGCGUGCCGGGUCUCAUCUCCGUGGAUGUGGACGAUGACGAUGACGAGUGUGAUAUAGUGAUCGGCAUUAGGCCCAAGUCUUCUCCUCUCCCGCGAAGAAAGAGUUCACUCAGCGACGAGGACUCUGAGCCCGGGCCGCCCCUGUGUGGCUCCAGGAGAGUGUCAUUUGCGGACGCCAAAGGCCUCAGCCUGGUGCAAGUCAAGGAGUUUGGCAUUUGGGAUGUACCCAAGCUGCCGGAAUAUGACUCCUCUGAGGGGAAGGAUAAGGUUUCAGUGGAAUACAUUAUAUCUCCCCUGAAUUUCUCACUUCCAUUGUCUAGAGAGGUGUUGUUCGACAAAGUCCGGGAUCAGAAAUUGGAGUUGGAGAGCAUCCAAUUACUUCCAGGGACCACAAUACUGAAAGGAGUGAUCCGCGUCCUCAACAUCUCCUUCGAUAAGGCGGUGUACGUCCGAACAUCUUUGGACUCCUGGUCCAGCCACUUUGACCUCCUGACAGAGUACAUGCCCGGCUCCAGUGAGGGUCUGACGGACUGUUUCUCGUUUAAACUCACCUUAAUUCCCCCAUUCGGGGAGCAGGGAGCCGGAGUAGACUUUUGUCUGCGAUACGAGACUUCAGUGGGGACGUUCUGGGCCAACAAUGACAACAGGAACUACAUGCUGUGCUGUCACCAGAGAGCUAAGGAGCUGAGAGAACAAACACAGAAAGAAAACGUGAAGAAGAAAAGCUGUCUUAAGAGUGUCGGUCAGAACUUCUCCACUCUGGAAAAUAACCCAGCAAUGGAAACUUCCCUUCCGGAAAGUGACAAAACAGAUGUGUCAAAACAAGGACAGGAAGUGGACACAAUACAGGCCAAACAAAUCUCUGAUGCUCAGUCAGGAACAUCAGAGGAGGAUGGUGAGAACAUACUGACCAAGAGCAGACGGAACUGCAGCCGAAGGAGCCGCAGAAAGGCAGCGCGGAUGGCUCGGGUACAGGACUACUUUGCUCAACGAAAUGGAGCAGGUGAUGCUGAAAGAGAUGAUUCACCUCCAGAAGCAAAACAGACAGCUCAAGAGGAAAAGCACUCGGAUGUGCAGACGCUCUCCAAGGGAAGCAGCGCCGCAGAAAGUUCACAGCUGCUCUCUGACUCCCUGGGAACACGCAGCGAACCUCUCACUGAUGUUCAACAGAAUACAGCACCAGCACACGACUACACCUCAAACAGCCAGACAGAGAAAUCUGAGAGCAUCAAUUUGGCUGACUCGGCCACAUUAACAAGAGGUGAGAGUGCCUCAGAGAUCCCAGACAACACAUUGCAUUCAAAUGAUGAGCCUGCUCCAGCUGAACACCCAAACAUCAACAAGUGUGUCUCCAGAUCUGAGGGAAGCAGUCAGAAAGAAGGUUUUGUGUGUUGUGAAUGUAAAAACAGUAAUGCAGCUGAACCAGCUGGCAGUGAUUUUACAGGAGAAUGCAGUGAAGGCCUUGUUAGCCAGUCCAACAGCUUCACAUUUGGAACUGUGGUGGCUCCGUUGUAUCGUCAGGUGUUCGAAAGAGCAGGAGCUGAAAGUCAGUGCUUAGCUGAUCGGGGGAAUCCAGUGAAGGCUACACCGAAUGUUGAAGACUUCACUAACACUGAAAGAAAGGAGAAAAGCCGCACUGUUCCAACAGAUGCUAGGGCUGACAUUGACAAAGCCCUCGCAGAUGAAACAAAGACCCUUCAAUCAUCAAUCCAAGAAGGUUUAGAUUCUUCUGUAAUUAGUUCUUCAAUGAAACAAGAAGGAACAAGUUUUGGUGCAACCCCAAAUAACGUCCUGGUUACUGCACAAACUUUGCAGGAUUUGAAUGAGAUGCAGAGAUGCACAAAUGCAUUUGAGGUUCCAAAAACAAAUGCUGCAGAAACAGAAGUAGAGUCACAAGCUGUUGAUAUUAUAAAUACAUAUCUGUUGAAUCCAGAAAUAUCCACCGAGAGUUCAGAUCUCCAGGGAGACAUACAGGAAGACAUUCCAACAAAUGACCUUCAAAGCCAAACCACAGCGGAAACGGCUCAACUGUCAGAGCAAGCAUGCACACAAACAACAACGAAGUUUGAUGAAAAACGUACACAAAGUGAAACCAAAUACAUCAUGACCAGUCUAGAAACCUCAUUGACGUCACCUUCUGAGAGAGAAUCAGAUCGUUUGAGGGAUGAGGCAGACCAACAGACCAGCAGCACAGGAGCAAAGAAAGAGGAAGACGUUGGCAGCAGAGUGACCCCAACCGUUGUCACGUCAGAGGACAAUAAAACUUUAGAAGACUCACAUGAACUGAAUCAUAGCUGCACUGAUAAUCCAGCUGAUAAAGAUACCCAUGCUAGCUUUGAUUCUAGUUUGGAGGCAUUUGAGGGAAAGGAUGUCACAUCACAUCGGAUAUCUUCUGAAACUCAAGGAGAAACCAAAAACUUGGAAGGAGAGAAAAAAGAGGUGAUAAAAUCACAUAUAGAUGAAACUAAACUCUGUGCUGAAAGUAAUGUAACUGGUGAUGAGUCAGUGAUGAUGAUGAGUGACCAUCACAUACAUGGUGACAUGAUUAUAGAGCCUGAAGAUGAAGACACUCUGAAACAAGGAGAAAUGAUUGAGUCAGCUAAAAUAGAGCUUUGUGAAUUGGAGGAUUCUCGUACAGAAGUCACUACUGAGAUUAAAAACUGGGAAAUGAUGGUUGAAGAAGAAGAAGAGGAGAUUGACAUCAGUGAGGAAAUUUGUUUGAAAGCAGGGGACAUUGAAGCAGUAGAAGAAGACCACGUUGAACAGUUGGAGGGUGUGGGGGAGGAGGCCACAUCAGAAAAUAGAGAUACGACAGAGGACGACGAGGAGAAAUCGAAGGAGGAACUCAUGUGGGAGAUCAUAGCUGUGAGAGAGAAAAACAGCAAAGCUGAAGCUGCAAAUCUUUUGAAGGAAAAGCAGCGGUUUGGUGAGGAAGACAUCUGGGGGAUAGUUGCAGGGACAGAAAGGGACGGGGUUGAGAAUGAAAAUGUUCAAGCCACUACGAUGAUAAAGACCACCGAGGAGGAAGAGCUAACUGAGAAGACAGAGUUAGGGAGAGAAAAGCACUUAGGAGGGAUACAAGAGGCCAAAAUUAGAAGUGAAGAUGUUCAAGAAGAAGAGGAGAUAAAGGGAGAAGAAGAAAUGCACUUGAAAGAUGAGGAUGAAGCAGGUACAGAGUGGGGGGGUGAGAUAAGGGAAGAAAACUUAGAAGAGGAGAAUCCGGACUGUGAGGAAGAUAUUCUAGUUUUUAAGACUGGAGAGUCAAAGAUCACACAAAUAGAGGAAAGGGAAAAUGAAGCAGGGUGUUCUGAAGAGAGGUUAGAACGGACUCAAGGAGAGGUUGAGGAUGGUUUAUCUGCUUGGGUGAACAAUGUGCAGGACAAGAGUAGUUCUGAAAAAAACAUUACUGGAGAAUUGCAAAAUGCCCACAUCCAAACUGAAAUGAACAAAGAGGAAGAUUUUCAAGGAAGUGAGAAAGUCACGCAUGACAUAUCCAAAGCAGAGCGAGAGGAGAAUGAGUCCACUGCUGCAGAGGGAGGCUCAUUGAUUUUUGUCGACGGACCUGAAGUCGACAAAACAGGCCACGACGGCGCUUCAUCAGAGUCAGACUCGGACGACGAGGUGGAGUUGUACAUGCACUGUCUGAGGGCCGUUCACACCGGGGCACAGGCCCAGAGGGACAGGAACAAAGACGCGGGAUUUGGGGUGGGCAGAAGACCCUCCGUAAACAGAAGCAAACUGCUGUCCACGCGCAUGCCCUCCAUCAGUGAGUCUCUGGAUGAGGAUCAACAUGUCGGCUGCCUCCAGGACAAUCAUGUAGACACAGACUUCGCAGCAGACUUCAAACCCAGUGCUUCACCUCUGCCCGAGGCAAGUGAGCCGGAAAACCUCAGCAGACACGUUUCAUGGUGGAGAGAGACUUUUUCCUGCCGCAACAUUGGAAAGACUUUGUUAUAUGCUAUCUUGUUAGUGAUAUUUUUGGUUGUGGCCUACCAUUAUGAUUUUCUGGCCUGUUUCGGGCUCUACAUGAUUUCAUUGGUUUGGCUCUGGUGUCAAGGAGAGAGGCAGCCAGUUAAAAACAGCAAAAAGAUAGCUUGAAUCCAAGAGUAAAGUAAAGGAUUCCUGAGGAUUAUGAGGAAACAAUGUGCUUGCAUGACACCCAUAAAGAUCUGUAGGUCUUUUUAGUUUUGAAAAUACCUUUAUUUAAUUUAUUUUUUAACAACAGAUGAUAUCAUCACAUGACCUACACAAAUAGUAAUAGUCGAAAUGGAAAAACAGAAGAAGAAAGACGAAAAUAAAAACUAUAAAAUAAUGAUGGGCAUUGAUGUAGAGCAUAUACGAAACAUAUCAAAAUAAAUUCUCUAUAAUCCCUAUGGGAGGAUGCUAACUCUGUUGUCAAGAGUAUGAACCAGGUUUUUGUAUGCUUAAAUGUACAUACAGCUUAGUGUGGCCAAAACGCCAAUGACCAUCACUCACACUGAUCAA